AUGGGAGGGGGCUGGGGAAGGAAGGGCGCGGCCCCGAGCCGCCCCGCCCCGCGCUCUCGAGCUGGGGCCCGGGCCGCGGGGUUCUCGCGCGGAAUUCCUGCCCCUGCUGCUCCGCGGACGGAGGCGGAGCGCGAGCCGGGGCGGGCGGGGCGGCGGCGGGCGCCCUCCCCAGCCCGGGGGCAGCGCCCUGCCACCGGGCCGAAAGAACCCCUUUCCCGCGACCCCGGCUUUCCCAGGCCCCGCGAGCUGCAGGCCCGGCCGCCGAGGGAGUCUUCGCCGAGGCUCCCCUUUCGCCCGCAGCGUUUGCACCCGAGAAUGUUUUUUCACAAAACCGAUGGGGAGGUGAACAUGUUGAGGAGACGGCAACACGAAUACCAUUCGUGAGUUCUGUUUACUGAAUAGCAACUUGCGCAAGACAUUGCCCCAAAGUUAGCGAGAUGGAUGGGAUCCAUGCUCUCGAAGAAGAGUUUACCACGAAAGUGGACUACAACCAUGCUGUGAAAAGCGUGCUAGCUCUUAUGCCAUGUUAUGAAAAUGGGGGAGGGUGGGGAGGCGGCGCUGUGGCGUAGAGGUUAAAACCGCCGCCCCUAGCGCUAGAGCCAGCAUCCCCUAUGGGCGCCGGUUCGAACCCCGGCUGCCCCUCUUCUGAUCCAGCUCCCUGCUAUGGCCUUAGAAAGCAGUGGAAGAUGGCCCAAGUGCUUGGGCCCCUGUCCCCCGCGUGGGAGACCCGGAAAACGCUCCUGGCUCCAGAUCUGCCCAGCUCCAGCCGUUGAUGGAAGACCUCUCUGUCUCUGCCUCUCUGUAACUCUUUCAAAUAAAUCUUUAAAAUAAAAAAGAGGGGGCGCCUUAUUUCAGACAUAAGUAUUUCAAAAGAAAACCUAUAGAUAAAUGCUGUAUGCUUUAACAUUCUUAU